GUGUUCGCCGACCAGUCGGAGUCGGUCCGUGGCCUAAGCUCGUACGUGUUCCAGGUGUUGGUCGUCAGGUUCCUCUCUCGGGUGUCCUGUUCGUCCAGCUCGCGAGCCGUCUCCGAAAUUGAGGGAAUCCUAUUUUGUACAUAUACGAGCGUGUUCCGCACGCUCGCGCAAACGAGCCCGCGUCUUCAAACUAGUCGGCUGCUCGCCGGGCCCCGAGGGGGCCCGAACGAAGAGCCCCCAGCACGCGGAAUGCUGCCGUGCGACCAGGUGAAAUUCGGCCGCGCCGUUGUGGUCGUAUGCGUCAUCCAGAGCGAUGUGAAAUUCCUCGCCAGUUCGCUCAAGUUCGUUAAAGGUGUCCCCAAACUAACGCGAAGAGGAGGAGUUUGAGAAGAUGGAAAUCGAGGUCCGGACGCUCAAGCAGGAACUGGCGCGCACCCAGGACGCUUUAAAAGCCGCCACGAAGAAAUGUCGGGACCUGGUGAAGGAGCUGGAUCACCGUACGACCGGCCACGAGUCCGAGAAGAUUCUGCGGGAUCAACAGCUCUCGAGGAUACUGCGGGCGUUGCUGUACCUGGAGGGACGACUGAAGCAGGAGCAAAAGUCGAUCAGACAGAUGCUCUGCGAGAAGGACACUGUUAUUAGAAAUCAGCAGCUGGAGAUUACUAUGCUCAGGCGAUACACGAAGAACUACAUUAAAGGCAAACGUGAUCGGACGACGAUAGCCGCCGGGACAGUCAACGCCAAUGUUGAAAAAAAUCUGCAGAACCUCGGCGAUUUGCAAAAGGAGACGCUACAAGAGAGCGGUAUCGGCAAAGAUAUCGCGAGUCUAAAAUGCGAGAUAAUCACGCGACUGAAUCCGGCGUCGUCCGGCAUCUUAGACGAGCUGAACCGCAAUAGCGUGAAGAAGACACACAGUUUCGCCGGCAGCGACAUUUCCAAAGCCAGUUUGACCAGCAGCGAGAACACCGAUCAUGCGUCCAUCAUCACCACGACGACGGAGGGCAGCCCUUCGUUGCUCAGUACGGAGGGCUUCUGCGAGGGCGAGAGCACGGACGUGUCACCUGGCUCGACCUUAAACAAGUGUCCGAACAGGUAUACGCCGACGACAGUGACUGACAGCGAGAACGAGACGACGAUGAUCGCGGAUGAGAAUGAGGACAUGGAAGAUGAUGAUACGAUAACGACAAGAAGGAUCCUUCACAGGAUAAAGGGCCAGAAAACGACGGCCAAAGGUUCCGAUGUGGUGGUCGAGGUAGUCGGCAUUACGAGGACAGAGAGCAAGGAUGAUGGGAUGGACUGUAACUUCGUCUCGGAGGAUGAGAAUCAGGACGUAAAGAUGAAUGAUCAAGGAGAGAAUGACGAGGAACCGAUUUACGUAAACGCCUGCAACGAAACGAACGAGAGGAACCUCCAGCAGACGGAGUUGCUGUUAAGGACGAAAGAUAAUCAUAGCAAUAAUAAUAAUAAUGUCAGCGAGGUAAAGAUCGAGACACCCGAGUUGUUGGUGGAGGACACUAGUGGUAACUGGUAUAGCGAUCCUGACGAAGACCGGUUGAAUGAGGACGUGUUCAGGCAUAGCACUUACCGGCCAAACAGUAACCACAACUCUGUGUUAGAAUGUGUGAAUCAAAUCUUGCUGCAGGACAUGGAGGAAGAGGAGAACUCGGUGCUGUCGGUACCGCGCCGAUUCAAGCAUCGCGGUAGAAUCGUACGCUUCCAGUCGGCUAGAUUGUCCGAUAUCGAAUCGGUGGGUUCGGAGAUGGAGAGGAGAAACUCUGAGGAAUCCGCCGCAGACAGUAAAGAUUCUCCGAGAGAGGAGGAGCCCGUGGAAAACGAGACGAGCGCGUCCGAGGAUGAGUUUGGUAUGAGAAUCGUUCAAAAGGAGUCGGAUGACGAUUCCAAAGACGAUUCCAAGGCGAUUCCACUGGUUAUUAUUGAACCCAAGGUCGAUGUCGAAGAGAUGAGAAAGGUUUCGGUAAAAUCUCAGGUGAAUAAUCCUCCCUUAAAAAUGGAAAGGAUCGAGGAGAAGGCCUGUCUGCAAAUGUCCGCACGAGGACUAACUAUUGCUAAGAACUUGGAUUACGAAGAUAUCGAAUCGCUACCGGAAGUGGCAAUGUCACCGACGCCGCCCAGGACGCCACCAGCUCUGCCGCCAAAGCCACAAUUUCGCUGUAAUAAUACGCUAAUUUUGAAGAAAAUUCCGAGUCCGUCAUUCUUAAUUGACGAAAAGAGACAGCAAGACACUACCGGGGAUCCUACGAAAAGAAGUAUUUUAGGAUUAGUAUCGUCAAAGGCGGCGAAGAAUUUAAAUCUGGAGGAAACAAAGAGUUCGGCCAGGAGUUCGACGAGAGAGAUGAAAGGUCGCGAAGGCGGUGGAUUCUGGAAGAGUAGAUUCAAUCAUGUGCGCUCAUCCUUUCAAGUGAGACAGAAAGAACGGGAUCAGUCGAAAAACGCUGCCAGAGUUACAAACAUCGUUCGGCAUUUUGAAGAAUUCAAAAUCGGCGAUCCGGAAGAGCAGACGAAGGAUAGAAAUCGCCCAAAGGAGCGUCACGGCGAACUCGAUCAGGAUUUUGACAUUCGGCAAAACUUUGAGGAAUUCAAUCUGGAUGAAUGCGACCUGUCGGACGAUCCUGAUCGACCCGAGGGCGACGGAUCCGAGAGACUGGGCUAUAACGGGCUCAACAACGCCGAUCAAAAUGGUGUCGUCAAAGAAAACAACAAUGUUCCUGCCAUCAGUAAUGGCAACAGCAAUGGUGAAACUGGCGGAACCAGCGGAUACGAUCAUUUCCUCGAGGCAACCGGCCUCAGCAAUAAGUCGAUCCUCACGCCUUCGAGGCUGCUGAGCAACCACAAGAGCAUGCUGAAACCGAAGGAUGUAAAGUACAAGAGCAGAAUUAAGGCUACGGCAGUGCUGGAAAGGCACGGAGUGCAAACGACGGUCGGCAGUACCUCGACGACGCACGUCAGACACUGGACAGGGCCGUUUGUCUGACGACUGGCCAAUGUCCUGCCGGGCAAAAGUAUCUUUCGUCCCGCCGUGUCGGCCGACAAUUCACCGAUAAAGGCAAAGUACAGAAGAUUCUGAUCCUCUGACUCGCUUCCGACUAAUUAAAUAUUUUUAGUCACGGCGUUUCUCGUUUUUAUAACGCAAAACGGAAUUUUAAGCAAUAUCGUGAUCAAGGAAUAGAAAAUUCUUACAAGCAGGAUUAGAAAAGCACACACAAUCUUGUCUCCUGCCUUACUAAUAUCGUGUGUAAUAUCAUGAAUUAUUAUACGAAUUUUAACAUACUAUCUAUAAAAAUGUAUACAUGCGAGUCUUUUAUAGAUCUUGAAGUCGCACUUUAAAUGAUUAACUUAUUUGAUUCUUUCUGAUAGAUGUUUAUAAUACGUUGAUUUAACUGUUUCUGCUGUGAAAUUAUUUAUAAGUCUUUGUAAUCUGUGAAAAAAAUAUGAUGACUUGUCUCGAUA